CUGCCGCUCGCCGCCAUGGCUGCCUCGCUGCGCGCGGUCCUCCGCUCCGCCGCCGCUGCGCGCCGCCGCGCGCUCCUCCCGCCGCCGCCCCGCCCCCUCCUCCGGGCGCGGGCCUGCAGCGCCGGGGCCCCGUUCCAGUACCUGGCGGUGCAGAAGACAGGGGCGCGGCAGAGCGUGGGCCUGAUCCAGCUGAACCGGCCUCAGGCGCUGAACGCCCUCUGCGAGGGGCUGAUGGAGGAGCUGCGGAGGGCGCUGGAGGACCUGGAGAACGAUUCGCAGGUGGGGGCCAUUGUCAUCACCGGCAGCCAAAAAGCCUUUGCAGCUGGCGCCGACAUCAAGGAGAUGCAGAACAAAACUUUCCAGGAGUGCUACAGCAGCAGCUUUCUCGCCGGUUGGGACAAGGUCUCCACUGUCCGCAAACCCAUCAUUGCUGCUGUCAACGGCUACGCUCUGGGCGGCGGGUGUGAGCUGGCCAUGAUGUGUGACAUCAUCUACGCCGGGGAGAAGGCGCAGUUUGGGCAACCUGAAAUCCUGCUGGGGACCAUCCCAGGUGCUGGAGGGACGCAGAGGUUGACCAGGGCGGUGGGGAAGUCGCUGGCAAUGGAGAUGGUCCUCACCGGGGACCGGAUUUCAGCAGUGGAGGCGAAGGAGGCAGGUCUGGUCAGCAAAGUCUUCCCUGCGGAGAAGCUGCUGGACGCAGCCAUUGCCUGCGCUGAGAAGAUUGCCAGCAACUCCAAGCUGGUGGCCGCCAUGGCAAAGGAGUCGGUCAAUGCUGCCUUCGAGACAACGCUGGCAGAGGGGACCAGGACAGAGAAGCGGCUUUUUUACGCCACCUUCGCCACCGGCGACCGCAAGGAAGGGAUGACAGCGUUUGUGGAGAAGCGCAAAGCAAACUUCACUGACAGCUAAGCCCAGGGCAGUGUGGGUCCCCAUGGCCACCUGCUGCCCAUCAGCCCCCUGCGUCACCCCGCGGAGGGGUCCAGGACAUCACCCCGCAGAGGGGUCCAGGACCCAGUGGCGAGCGAUAUUUGCAUGGGGUGAGACAACCAGCAGUGGGGACCGCCUUUGCCAUCGCUAUUAAAAGGUUUUCCUGGUGCUGCUGGAA